GUGUAGUUCGAGCAAAUAUCGCUGCGGAGUCUGGGCGCUUUUACCAUUACGCUACGCCGCGACGUGGGCGUCAUUAGUGCUUUUCUGUUAGCGCAACCAGGGCCAACCUCAGAGCUUAGAAAGAAGUUAACAGAACGCACGGUGAGUAAAUACAAGCCUCUUCAAUCGUAAACUUCGACUCCUGAUAGCACAGCCUGUGAUUUAGGUGUGCAGAAACAGUGUCAUUUACUUUCAUAAGGAAAAACAACUUUGUAGGUACUGCGACGCGAUUUGUGGACAGCUGCCCUUCUUACUGAAAUCUUGUUAUCGUUCAGUGGACAUCGUUACUCAUUUUCCUACAUAUUCUUGUGUGGAUCAAAGAGGAUAGUGCUUAGCCUUUGAUACACUGCAAGGCUGCACAAUGUUGGUCGGUUACGUCCCCAUGCGCAUUUCCCUAGUCUUAGCCUUGAUGCUGAACAAGCUUUCCGUAAGUGAGUCCAACGAAUUAGACUGUCCCGCCGUUUGCACAAGACUAAGCAAAAUCAUAGACAAUUACAAAUGUAUAGACCUAUGUGAUAGUGUGAACCAGGAGGCCUCGAUUAAGCGGGCCUCGUUUAUGCGUAUAGGCCGAAGCUGGCCCGGAGAUGGCCAGGAUGGUAUGGACGUGAACUCGGACGAAGGGGACGAAGAAAAACGAAACUUCAUGCGAAUCGGGCGCAACUUCAUGAGGAUAGGAAAGCGCUUCCCAUACGGGAUGAAGCGGCCAUCAUUCAUGCGCAUCGGGAAGCGGUCUCUCGAUGACAACGACGACAAAAGGCGGUUUAUGAGAAUUGGAAAGAGCGACGAGUCUGACAAGAGAAAUUUCAUGCGGAUUGGAAAAUCCAUGGAGGAUGAUAAGAGGAACUUCAUGCGCAUUGGAAAAUCAAUGGAGGAUGAUAAGAGAAACUUCAUGCGCAUUGGCAAAUCAAUGGAGGAUAAUAAGAGGAACUUCAUGCGUAUCGGAAAAAGUGACGGAGUCAAGCGGGCCUCUUUCAUGCGCAUUGGUAAGAGCUCGGAGGAGGCCAAGCGUAACUUCAUGCGGAUUGGCAAGAAGGACGAUGACGAUAAGCGGAACUUCAUGAGAAUAGGUAAAAAGAGUGAUAAGCGUGCGUCGUUUAUGCGUAUUGGAAAGAAAUCAGAUGAUGAGGAGGAAAAACGCAAUUUCAUGCGGAUAGGAAAGAGUGACAAUGAAAAACGCAACUUCAUGCGAAUCGGAAAAUCGGCCGAGUUAGUCAACGAUGAGGCGAUGGCCGAUAGCGUGGAAGAAAAACGCAAUUUUAUGCGAAUAGGCAAAAAGAGUGAUGACACUAGUAACAUGGGAGCGUCCUUCUUAGGGAAUAAUCUCGAUUCAGAAGACGGCGAGGCAAAAAGGGCUUCGUUUAUGAGGAUCGGUCGUAGCGUGUAGGGAUAGCCGUUCAGUGAACCGCUUGAUUACAAAGGUCACUCAAUACUGAACAGUUCAAGGCAUUUGGACCUUAAAACUUAUGUACGCUUUACGACAUUGAUGUCUGUGUGAUUAGCUCAUCAGAUGCACGUCAGCGGCAGGAACAUUAAUAUGAGAACAAAUUUGGCAAUUGGAACUUCUUUCAUACCAAAUUAGGCGUGUGGGGCCGUGAACUGAUUUUCGAGAAAAAAAACAUUCAAAGGACCGUAAGGAUGUACACAAGUUUUAGGAUUCCAACUUGAUUAUACAUGUACAUGUAACAUUGAUUUGUUUACUCGCUUUAAGAACAUGUUGACCAGAUUACGACACCACACUGAUUAGAAAAGAAGGUUACAGUGAAAUACUUCUGGAAUCAUGUAUGCGGUGUUUCUCUCUCUAUUCUCAAAUCAGGCCAGCUGGAUAAAACCAAACACUUUUUUUCCAAUUCUCAGGAACACUGAAAGCUAAGCCUUUGGGGUGAGCUUAGCAUUUGUAUCCCACCUUGACUUGUGUUUUGACUAAACUGGCCAUAAGAUAAGACACAGGUGACAUUGCUGAGGCAGAGGAGGUGUACUGUUGGUUUGAACUGAUCAUUUCUUAUACUCGACUAGUUGCCUAUGAUCGAGAACAUCAACCUGGCGAGACCACAGAGGCCACUUUAGCAUCAUGUACAAUGGCGUUCCCGAUUGGGGGUGUUUGACUAGGCAUUUACAACAGACAUAUCCUUCAAUCAUUUGUAGCCCUCUCCCUCCCCGAUCUAAAAUCCCGAUUAAAUUCUUGUAAGACUCUAAGUAAGAUCAACUGGCAUGACAGGAGUCCUGUGAAGACUACACUUGUGCACAUACUUUGAUUUAAACAAACCCGAUUGAAAUAUCAACGAAUAAUUUCAUACGAAUAUUAUCGACGGAAACGUUCAUCUAAUCGUGAAUUGUACCGAUAAAAAAGUUAGUUUUUACACAAUCAAAGUUAUUCGUCGACUUGACGUUACAAAUGGUUACACCAUUCUUCUUCAGAAGUUAGUCUGACCGUUGCGGACAGACUCUGAUCCCUCACAUGACUUAGUCUGUAGCCCCCUUCGUCUCGAUUCAUGUUGGUGGUUUUACGAAUCAUAAUAUCGAUUGGGAACAAAGCAAAGUGGUAGAGAGAGAGAGCCAACACGAUUUACGAGAUGGGUGAAGGAGGCGAUUUGGCUUCGUAGGACCACAAACAUGAAUCGAGACGAAGGGGGCCAAAGUCACGUGCGGGAUCAGAGUCUGACCACUACGAAAUCUAGCGGUCAGACUAACUUCUGAAGAAGAAUGGCGUAACCAUUUGAAACGUCAACUCUGAUUGUGUAAAAACUAACAUUUUUUAUCGAAUAUUAUCGAUAUUUCGACCGGGGCCUUCUGAGAGUACAUGUAUCUAGAUGGUUCUGAACACAUUGGUAAACAUUGUUAUGUUUGACUUAUCAGAGGAUUACGUUAUCUGAAUGCCGUACGAGACGAGACAAAAUAAUAAACACCAGGACAUACCACACUGAGCAUCUUCCUAUUUAAUUGAAAGGGUCUCAAAAUUUCAAAGAAUAGCUUUCAAGGAUUAUUAAGAUUUUUUUCAAGAGUUUCGAUGGUUGAAAAAACUUGAUCACUUAUGUAAUUAGUCAAAUACAGAUAUUUUAAGAAAUUACCAUGCCUAUCUACUUUUCAUUUUCGUCACCCCUCUCCGGUAUUUCUAGUAUAGUAAUCAGGACCCCUACACUCAUAAAAAAAUGGUUUCUGAAUUUAAAAAAACAUUCAAAGGGUUUUUCAUCAAAUCACUGGUUUUUCAGCCAACACUAAAAUGCACCCAGUGGAGUUUUUUUCGGUAAAGUAAACUUUGAUUCGAAAUAACCUUAUUGUUUAUCUCUUUUCAUUUUGCCGAAAAACCUCUUCUGUGUGCAUAUUUUUAUUGACCGAAAAGUCCUUAAAGAUUCUGUAACGCCGGUGGAACAGUAACAAAUGCCCCCUGGAAAAAGUGUCCGGCCCUAUUGUAUUCUGCAAUAUGGUUCUAUGGAGACCAUGACCGUCAAUAGCUCGAGCUCAGUGAUUGAAGCGCAUAAUAGAAUCCUUUGUUUCCCGGGCAUUCUAUCCUAGGACAUUUUAAACUUCUACACCGGCUCAAAAACCUUCAUUUCCAAGAGUGUGGGGAAUAUACUCAAAGUAACAUUACACUGGCUGGAUCCUUUAGUGGCCGGUGAAAUUGAGAGUGUAUUACAACUCUCGGAUAUUCGAAUUCAGAAAAGAUUCGGACACGCCUGUCACCGGUAUAUUCAUUCGAUUGGACACCACGAUCAUUGUUCUCUAGAUAACCGAUGAUUUUAAUCCAUUCGCGUUGCCAAUCUCAUAAAAACCAAAAAUCUCAUGACAUGAGAAAUCGGAUCCAAACCACACGCCAGGAACUCCCAAACGCGCGUCAACGUUUAUAUGAACCGCUAUCACUUUCAUAGCUGUGAUUAGUUGAUGUGACAUAUCGCAACGCAGAGAGCGUGUAAGUUCAACAAGGCAUUCAUAAAUAAGCAUGAAGUAUAAAGACGAACUCUGUUUUUGGCAAUUAUGAGCAUGAGAAAAAUAUCAAUCCUAUUCCUUUGACAAGAAAGUCGUCAUGAGUUUUUGUACGUGAUUCUGAAAUGAUAUAUAAAGGUUAGAACCAUUGUUUCAUUCACAUUAUUGUGUGCGUGAUUGGGAUAUUAAUAUAUAGAUAACAAACAAGAGCCCCUUGAUC